AUGGAUACUGUUCAUCAGCUGCAGAUACCCCAGCAUCAGCUGCAGAUACCCCAGCAACAAGGCGAUAAACAAGCACUGAUCGCGUUCAAGUCCCUCAUAACCGCAGAUCCCCUCAUGUCCUUAGCCUCCUGGGAUUACUCUUCCCAUUUUCACAACUGGACCGGGGUUGCAUGUGGCCCAAAGCUCCAAAGGUUCAGGGGUUUGAAUCUCACACAACUCAGCUUAGCUGGGACCAUAGCUCCCCAACUGGGAAACCUUUCCUUCAUUACCAUUCUUAAUCUCUCAGUAAACUCAUUCCAAGGAGUGAUUCCCUCAGGGCUGGGAAAUCUUGAAAGACUCGAAAUCUUGAAUGUGAGCAACAAUCUUCUCGGAGGGCGAAUCCCAGACGGUCUUUCUAACUGUUCCAAACUCAGAAACCUGGCUUUGGACCAUAACUACUUGAUAGGGACCGUUCCAACCGAACUAGGAUCACUUCCUGAGCUUCUCAGGUUGUACCUUGGCAGCAACACUCUAAAAGGUACAAUCCCAUCUUCUUUUGGAAACUUAACAUCCAUGGUUGAGAUAGUUAUGUCUUACAACUACUUGAGUGGUGAGGUUCCUAGCACAAUAUCCAUGUUGAAAUACCUCAAAAAUUUGAGGUUUCCUGUAAAUUACCUCACCGGUGAAUUCCAUCCUUCACUCUAUAACCUCACCGCGCUCGACUUUUUAGCCCUCCCCUUCAACAACUUGACUGCUAACAAUUUCUUCACCGGCCCUCUUCCUGAUUCGUUCCCUAAUGCUUCAAAAUUCGAGAGCGUUGAGCUGAGCAGCAAUAACUUCUCCGGGACAAACUUAGAAGGAGGCAUACCAUCAUCCUUGGCAAAUUGUAAUCAACUGGUCUUUAUUGAUGUUGCAAGGAACAAUCUGAGAGGGAUCAUUCCUCAAGAAAUCAGUGGCAUGCCAAGCAUUCUGUCAUUUAAUGUGUCGUACAACUCCUUCAUUGGUCCCCUGCCUGAAAAUUUUGGAAACAUGAGCCAUCUUGUUAGAACUGAAAUCUUACAACAGAUUUUAUGGUCAGAUUUCAGACAGCAUAGGCAGCUGUUUGGAAUUGAACAUUAUCUGCUUUCAAGGAUAUUCUUUUGA